AUGUCAGCCCAACAACCAACCGAACGCCCUCAACCCCCCAAAACCGAAGGCUACCGACACGGCACCGCCGCCCCAUCCUCCAAUUUGAAGCCCACCAUCACCAUGUCCUCCAUGUCCCCUCACUACACCCUCCCCACCUCCAAAGCCGGAACCCCUCUAAACUCCGCCCCCGGCACGCCCACCGCCAACCUCUCCAGCCUCUCCCUCUCAACAGCAACAGGCUACCCCCUCCCCGUCCCCCCCCGCGGCCCAAUCCGCAUGCUCUCCGAACACGCCGUCUCCGACACCCCGCUUACCUCGGACCCCUACGGCACUCCCUCCGCUGCCGGAGGACCACCCCAAGACUACCUCUCCUACCGCCGCCCCACCAACGCACAAUCCCAACUCCCCACCACCGAACUGCGAAGUAACCUCGCUGCCACUGCCGCCACCGCAGCAAUGGGCGCAAGCGGUGCCGGCGCCUGGGGCUCCUCGCGCGGAAUCCUUGGUGGUUCGGGACCAGCGAAUCCUCGAGAGGCAAGGGAGACGCAGUACGUUUCUGCUUCUUUGUCUGCUGCUGGGUCAAGGAAUAAUAGUAGUACGGCGUUGAGCGGGAUGGUUUCUGGCCAUACUACUGGACGGGGUCAUCCACUGGCUAGAGAAAACUUGCAGAGCGAAGCCAAAACGGAAGGAGAACAGAUGGCGCCGUAUGGAGAAGGGGAGGUGGCGCGUGCUGUGGAGGGGCAGGCAAGGAAGAGGAAUACCAAGAGACGGGAGUCGAUGGCGCAGGGGAAAAAGCCGAACUUGAGUUUGGCGCAAUUGGGAGAGGGACAGGGACAGGGAGAGGGAGAGAAAGAGGGAGAGGGGGAGGGAGAGAGUGAUCACCAUGGAAGAAGAGAAAGGAUGGGGAGCGCGAGUCAGAGGGAGGCUAGUGGUGAGAGACAUGGACGGGUGAGGGGGGAGGUCAGUUUGGAGCCUUCGGAGGCUGAUUUGGAGAGAAAAAAGAUGCAGCAGUCUUGGAAGAGGGAAGAGAUCAAGCAGGCGAGAAAAGCAGGAAAGGAUGUCGACGGGACGAGCGGGUUGAGUGGAAGACAGCCUAGGCCUGAAGUAUAA